CGCCGAACGCACGCGAGCGCGGCAAACGAUGUCUAUGACUUAAAAAAAAAACGAGGACCACAGAUGAAGUUGUAUUCAGCCAGUAACAUAAGUGCGUUCAUGUGGAACCAAGGAAUUCUCUAACAACAUUUAACGCGACCUCGCCAUGUGGCGCGCGCAGGUCGCGCUCUCACUCCUCGCGCUGACGUGCGCUCGCGCACAGAAUCGCGUGAUCGACGUCAGCACAACGUGCGACCGCGGCGCCUUUACCGUGGCGCUGGAAAUGGCGCAGCCGUUCAAGGGGCUACUGUUUAGCAAGGACUUUUCUAGGGAGUGUAGGGUGCAAGGCAACCACAAAACGAAGGUGUCUCUCCACCUACCCACGAAUGCAUGCGGCGUUAGGAGCUCAACUCUGAACACGACCAGCGACGACCAGUUAUAUUAUACAGUGGAGUUGGUCGUGCAGAUGGACCGUAUGUUACAACAGUCCACAGAUCAGGAGCUUGUGGUCAGGUGCAAACUGCAACCGCGUGCAGUUCGUAUCAACAGCUCGGCUCUCGAGGGCGUCAUCAACUCAAAGCUGCGAGAGAUGAUUGGACAGGAAGCUAAAAAGACCAGAACCGGUCGCAAUCGCCAAGGCUGGGUGAACCCGGCUGAGAUGGAACAGCGUGAAUGGCUGAUGGAAUCAGCUCGGGCGUGGAUGGAGCUGGUACCAGCUAUGCCAACCAAUGAACCAGCCACGGUCGAAGUGGGGCAGCCGACGAAGCUACUGAUCCAGUGCACGCUUCCUGUUGGAGUCGGCCUCCGCAUAACCAACUGCGUAGCCCACGACGGCCUCGGGGAGGCCUCGCAGAAACUCCUCGACGAGGCCGGGUGCCCUAUCGACGAGUCCAUAUUCUCGACCCCUUCUAUCCACCGCCAUAAGAAAGGGACGGAGAUAGAUUUCUCAGACCUUGAGCCGGUGGACCCCCAACGAAACCUAGACGAAAACACCCACCUCAAACAAUCCAAAACCGACCCAGAGCUCAUGUUCAAAAACAUAAUGACAUACCAACACGCCAUCACCACUUUCGCCGCCUUUAAAUUCCCUGAUCGAGCAAAACUACAUCUAACUUGUGGUAUAGAACUAUGUAAAGGGAAAUGUCCUAUAGUAGACUGUAAGGCGUUGCAAAGGCCUCAACAGACGAGAGAGGGGUUGUUGAGGAAGGCGAGGUUGGAUAAAGAUGCUAAGGGGUGGCCUCAACAGACGAGGGAGGGGUUGUUGAGGAAAGCGAGGUUGGAUAAAGAUGCUAAGGGGGUGGUGAUAGAUAGAUUGGAGGUGUAUAAUAGCAUUGAGGUGCUGGCGCCAAAUAUUGAGCUGGAGGACGAGGCUUCUAUAAGAGCAUCUAACUUCGGUAUAGAAUUAUGUAAAGGGAAAUGUCCUAUAGUAGACUGUAAGGCGUUGCAAAGGCCUCAACAGACGAGGGAGGGGUUGUUGAGGAAAGCGAGGUUGGAUAAAGAUGCUAAGGGCGUGGUGAUAGAUAGAUUGGAGGUGUAUAAUAGCAUUGAGGUGCUGGCGCCUAAUAUUGAGCUGGAGGAUGAGGCUUCUAUAAGAGGUUCACGAAGAAUCGAAAGCGAAGAAGACGAGAUAAUCCGAGGAUUCUCUCCAGGCGAUAAAACCAUCUGCAUGUCUCCCGGAAAAAUGGCCCUCGCCUUCUGCGUCCUAGGGGUCAUAUUCCUAUGCGCGAUCGCCGUAGCUUUCGUCUCGCUGGUCAGAGCGAGACGGCGUCUAGGCAGGGAGCCACUGCAUACAUCCCUCUCUUUCUACACGGGUAGUAAAAGUAUGUUCUCAUCUAGCGAGAGCUCCAGUUCUGGAUUGAGUGGAAGUAAACUAUUGCUGACUGAUAGCCCGUAUUUAGAUCAUCAUUCUUCUUCAAGUAAUAACUGGCCAUAUUCUAGAGCGUUUUAACUGCCGUGCCUACAUUGCGAUAUAAAAUAGUAGAAAUUAAAUGAAAUGGAACUAAAAUAGUCUGACAAGUCAUUUCCGUCACUAGAAUUGAUCGUUCCAUAGAUAAAUUCAAUUUCGCGCUUUUUUCUAGUGACUAUUGACAUUCAUACAAAAGUGUUGCCAUGUUUAAACGUUUUAUGUCAAAAAUUACAAUUACCAGUUACAUAGAAAGUAGCGCCCUCAAUAUAGGUAUUCUACAAUUUUAUGUCGCACGCAGAUCUCGUUUCGUUUCGUUAGACCGAGAAGAUGGUCGCUGCAUACAUCCCUCCGUGUAGAAACACGGGUAGUAGAAGUAUGUUCUCUAGAUUAGAGGCCGGUUGCAUUAAACCGUCUGUCACCGUUAAAGCGUUCGUUAAAUUUUAUUGCAUGGAAAGUUCCAUAGACGUCUGCUGCGGGACGAUGAUGUGUCUGUCAAAUGUGGUUGAUGCAACCUACCCUAAGUGGAAGUAAACUAUUGCUAACUGAUAGUCCGUAUAAUCCGUAUUUAGAUCAUCAUUCUUCGUCAAACAAUAAUUGGCAUGUCUAGAGCAUUUUAAGGUCCAUUUUUGUGUUGAAGGAUAAUGCAUAAUAUAAUCCACUUGACAAAUGUAAAAAAUCUACAAAAAUAAGGAUAAUAUGAUUUGGAUCAUCAAAAAAUAAAGACUUCCAAUGGUCCUCUUUAAACAUGAAUCAAAUGAAUGUAGAGAGAUAUAGAAUAGAUCACAAGUUUUUAUUUUUUGCCCGCUUGUGGUGUUUCUAGGGAGAAAAGAUCAAAUUUCUGGUUCGGAUCUCGGAUUAGUAUGUUGCUAAUAGGUAUUCUUUCUUAAAGAUGUGCUAUUUAUUAAGUCUCAUUUUCGCAUGUCAUUCGAUUAGAUUCUAAAAAAAAAUGGUUGAUAAAAUAAUAGUGACAUACCUACUUGUUUGACAUAUCUACUUUUCUGGUAAAUGAUGGAUCUAAUUCAUUGUACAUUUUUUUAAAUUCUAACUGUGCUUUAGAAAGAAUUUGUGUUAUACAAUUUAUUUAGUAUCGGAAAUAAGCAUUAUGCUCAAAGUAUGUUAUAAUAAAUGUUUGUCAGACUAUAAUAUGUAUAUCCGACCUACCUACUAUUUUUUGGUGCUAAGGGAACUUUAUAUUUUUUAAUAAAAGAAAAGUCAUUAAAAAGCUGAAAAUUACUGCCUCAGAUUACUCGAACUCACCGCCCCUGGAAAGCAGAAUUGGCAGAAUUGAAGUCUCACCUAGGGCAAUUAUUAUCCACUUUUAAGCUAGGAACAUACUACGCGGACGUCCGUCGUAAAUCGACCGCGACCGCGACCGAUCAGUGUGCACGGAAUAAAACAUCCAGCGAGCCAGAUUUCGAUCGGAUGUCCG